AUGGCGACAUGGGGAUUUUCAGGUGUUGAUAUCGAUUGGGAGUAUCCCGCGGCCUCCGAUCGCAGUGGCCGAACUGAAGAUUAUGCCAAUUACCCGACGUUCCUGGCCAACCUGAAAACAGCACUGGACGGAUACAGCUAUGGUCUUUCCAUUACGCUGCCUACCAGCUACUGGUAUUUACAGCAUGUUGUCAAAUUGGGUUUAGCCUUCUACAGCCGUAGUUUCACCAUUGCUAGCUCCGACUGCGAUACUCCCGGCUGCGCGUAUUCAUCGGCCGGAGACGAAGGUGUUUGCAGCGCUUCAGCUGGUAUCUUUCUCAGUAGCGAGAUCGAACAGAUCAUGAGUGACGAAGAUCUUACCCCAGUUUUAUACAAGGAUGCCGCUGUCAAAGCCAUAACUUGGGAUGAUAACCAAUGGGUUUCAUUUGACGAUCAGGACACCUUCAAGCUCAAGGGGGAUUUUGCGAAGUCGCAAUGUCUUGGGGGCGUUUUAGUUUGGUCUGUCGAUUAUGAUGACAGCAAUAACACACUCUCGCGAGGGCUAGCAGCCGCGCUCGGCAAUGAAAUCAACGCAGAUACGUCCACAGGUCUAGCACUUACUAGAAGUGAGACAUCGACGACGAUAACAACCAGUGAAGGUGGACGGGACGCGUACUGCCCAUUCACUAAUUGUGGCGAAAUGUGUCCUACUGGUUUCACCACUAUUGUUCGAGGCGAAAAGAAAUCGCAACUUAUGCUCGAUAGGUCCGAGUGUUGGGUUCUGGACUUACGCAGACCUUGUGCUGUCCUACUUCAACCGACGUACCGACUUGUCAAUGGCGCGGCUUCCAUAACAAUGGUAAAUGCAAGGGCGGCUGCAACAGCGGCGAAACUGAAGUGGGAACCAAUUCCGCCGGAUGAAAGUCAGGCUAUCAAUCGGCUUGCUGUACCACUACAGCCUCGACAAAGCCAUAUUCCGAGUGCGCGUGGACUUCGGGCUGCGAAAGCGAUGACACGUGCCCAUCAGGCUAUUCGAAUUUUGUCUGGAAAGAAGAAAUACAAUUACUGCUGCACAGACUCCGUCCCGGAUGCCUUCACCAACUGCGCUUGGGCUGGUUUUGAAGUGGCAUUUCCGAAUGAGAAAUACUGUAGCAACACUUGCCCUUCAGGCACGAUCCGGAUUGCCGAACAGUCUGAUUUUGGACAAUCGUCCAACGUUGCAAACUGCAAUUGGGGUAACGAGGCAUAUUGUUGUGCUGGGACCUUAACGACAACUACCACAAGUCCGCGAGCACCCACCUACCAGGACACCACAGCAAAGGAGUUCGAUGCCUAUCUCCAGAAAUACUUGGCGGCACCUAUAUGCCCUGGCGGUUUUGAAGCUGAGUACAGCGCCUCUUUCUCCUCCGAUCCUUUGGGGUGGAAGAGAAGCAUAUCGCUAGAGAAGCGAGCCACUGACCAAGGCAUUACUCUCGAAGUUUUGAUGCCCAUUCUUUCGUCUGAAGCUGGAUUCGGUAGCAUGAAUUACACCAUUCUUAGGGAUAUACUCUACCCGAGCGCUUGGACGGGAGAUCCUGAGUAUGCCACCGAUAGCUUGCUAACUGACAUACCUUGUAACAUGGCUGAGGCAGCCAACGGACUCGAAAACCUGCAGACAUAUUCAUUAAUCUCGUGCUUGAGUCCUGAUGAUGAUGCCGAUUCUUGGGAUGAUAUCGUAUCCACCAAACGAGAGAUCUCGGCCCGAAGACUCGAUGAAAUUGUUUCAACUUGA